AUGGAAUGGUGCCGUGCCCCAUGCCAGCAGGCCCGGCUCACCAUGGUGCUGGGUGCCCUUCUGGUGCGAGGCAGGGACGUGUGCCGGCGGAACGGACUGCUCAUCCUAUCGGUGCUCUCUGUCAUCGUGGGCUGCCUCCUCGGCUUCUUCCUGAGGACCCGGCGCCUCUCACCACAGGAGAUUAGUUACUUCCAGUUCCCCGGAGAGCUCUUGAUGAGGAUGCUGAAGAUGCUGAUCCUGCCACUGGUGGUCUCCAGCCUGAUGUCCGGUCUCGCCUCCCUGGAUGCCAAGACCUCCAGCCGCCUGGGCAUCCUCACUGUGGCUUACUACUUGUGGACCACUUUCCUGGCCGUCGUUGUGGGCAUCGUCAUGGUCUCCAUCAUCCACCCGGGGGGCGCAGCCCAGAAGGAGACGACAGAGCAGAGCGGGAAGCCGGUCAUGAGCUCAGCCGACGCCCUUCUGGACCUCAUCCGGAACAUGUUCCCAGCCAACCUGGUGGAAGCCACAUUCAAACAGUACCGCACCAAGACCACCCCGGUUAUCAAGUCCCCCAAGGUGACCCCAGAGGAGGCCCCGCCGCGACGGAUCCUCAUCUACGGGGUCCAGGAAGAGAAUGGCUCUCGUGUGCAGAACUUCGCCUUGGACCUGACCCCACCACCUGAGAUCGUCUACAGGUCGGAGCCCGGCACCAGUGAUGGCAUGAACGUGCUGGGCAUUGUCAUAUUCUCUGCCACCAUGGGAAUCAUGCUAGGCCGCAUGGGUGACAGCGGGGCCCCCCUGGUCAGCUUCUGCCAGUGCCUCAACGAGUCUGUCAUGAAGAUCGUGGCAGUGGCUGUGUGGUACUUCCCCUUUGGCAUUGUGUUUCUCAUCGCCGGCAAGAUCCUGGAGAUGGAUGACCCCAAGGCGGUCGGAAAGAAGCUGGGCUUCUACGCCAUCACCGUGGUGUGUGGCCUUGUGGUCCACGGCCUCUUCAUCCUGCCCCUGCUCUACUUCUUCAUCACCAAGAAGAACCCCAUUGUCUUCAUCCGCGGUGUCCUCCAGGCCCUGCUCAUCGCACUGGCCACCUCCUCCAGCUCAGCCACACUGCCCAUCACCUUCAAGUGCCUGCUGGAAAACAACCACAUUGACCGGCGCAUUGCCCGCUUUGUGCUGCCCGUGGGUGCCACCAUCAACAUGGAUGGCACUGCGCUCUAUGAGGCUGUGGCCGCCAUCUUCAUUGCCCAGGUCAACAACUACGAGCUGGACUUUGGCCAGAUCAUCACCAUCAGCAUCACAGCCACCGCGGCCAGCAUUGGGGCAGCUGGCAUCCCCCAGGCCGGGCUUGUCACCAUGGUCAUUGUGCUCACCUCUGUGGGACUGCCCACUGACGACAUCAACCUCAUCAUCGCUGUGGACUGGGCUCUGGACCGUUUCCGCACCAUGAUUAACGUGCUGGGUGAUGCAUUGGCUGCAGGGAUCAUGGCCCACAUCUGUCGCAAGGACUUUGCACGGGACACUGGCACUGAGAAGCUGCCACCCUGUGAGACCAAGCCGGUGAGCCUUCAGGAGAUCGUGGCGACCCAGCAGAAUGGCUGUGUGAAGAGCGUGGCUGAGGCCUCAGAGCUGACCCUCGGCCCCACCUGCCCCCACCACAUCCCUGUGCAGGUGGAGCAGGAUGAGGAGCUGGCCACGGCCAGCCUGGACCACUGCACCAUAGAGAUCAGCGAGCUGGAGACCAACGUGUGAGCCUGUGGGGCAGGAGCAGAACUCGCGGCUCACCUGAGCAGCCAGGCAGCCGGCAGGCACCAGGUUCAUGCAUUCUGCUCUCCUUGAGAGGCUGGAAUUAGCCUGAGAGGUGGGAAAUAGAAUUUCAGAGGGAGAGGGUGCACGCUGGAGCCUCAUCCUGAGCGCGGUGGCCUGCCCAGCCCAAACCUUAACUGUGCUACCUUGAAAGCCUAUGUGGGGGUGAGGCAGGGGUUGUCAUCCCCAUUUUCUGGGUCACAGAUUUGAGGUUCUGAGCACUUGCCCAUGGUCUUGAGAAAGCAAUGUCAGGGCUAGGAUACUAACUCAAGUCUCUGAGCCCUGGCUACUCCUUCCUGUAGGACAGAGUGGCCUGUAGGGACAGACGUGGAGGGGUGCCACAGUCACUACUGCUUCUAAUUCAUGAGGAUGUAAUAACAACAUCCUGGUUUCCACCCCAGCCAUGUCCAGGCCCAGGCCAGCCCUCACCCCACCCCAUAGAACAGACAAAUAGCUGCCCCCAAACCUGGGCCUGUCCUGGGCUGAGACCCGCUUGCUGCCUUCCACGUGCCAUGGCCUGCCCUGUCCCUGCCCACCAGCUGAGUCUCCCACAGCUUGUCUGAUGUGGACCGGAUAUCUUUACUAGGACCCUGGAAAGGCCUGGUGGGGACAUCCAGGCCAGCUUGCUGUGGGCAGGAGGGCAGGCCCUGGUGGCACCCUGGGGUCAGAACUCCCCCAAGGCCCAUGUGACAAAGUGGAGUCACAAUUCCUAUCCCUUCCUGUGUUAGCAAAUUCAGUGAUA